ACUAAGAUAUUUAACUAUAUCUUGUUACUAUCAAUAUAUAUGCACAACGUUACUGUAAGGAUCAGGAACUUGAAUAUUGAUCUUUUGCUUCUUCCUCCUUCCCACCUUGGUUACGUAUUAAUAGUACUAUUUUCAUUCUCUAUUUCUCGUUAAUGCCUUAUUUUGACGUGACACUAAUUUAGUACCAAGUCUAAAAUAUUAUUGUAAUUAUUUUUUUAAUUGUAAUAGUAAUAGAAGAAGAAGAAAUGUGGACAUUUGUUCUUAAAAACCUAGUUUGACAAGGAAAACAUCCCCUAUUAAAUUAAAUGUUUUAAACUAGAGUUAGGGGUCAAUCCAUAAUUUCCGUCUUUUCCCCUGGAUUAGGCAAACAGAAAAUUUGUUUCCGUAAUAAGUAAAACGCAUCAUUUGUUCCCUAACCUCUCAGGAGAAUUCUAAUGUCUCGUCAUCUACAUCUUCCUCAACUUUUGUGGUCAAUCAGAAUCCUAUUUAAAUUUUUUAGGGAGAUCAUCACGCUCUAGAAUGCUCCUAACUGAUUUUUCUUUUGGCAAAACUAUAUUCUUCAAUUUAUAACACAUGCAGAUUGAAUACAUUUUAUUGACAGAAAAUAAUAAUUAAAAUCCAACACAAAAACUAAAAUUAAGGGAGCAGGCGAAGAAGAUAACCUGUUUGAUGUAGUGACUGAAAAGUGAAAAUUGAUUCAAUAACAUAGAUUUAUCUCUUUAGAAUCACGCUACUGUAAUAUUUUACGGUUGGUAAAAGAUGAUGAUGGCAAUAUUGGUAAUAAAGAAAAGAUCCAAGUGCGUUGUUGUAGGAGAAGGAGAAAUUUGAUUGCAUUGACGGGCGACAACUCAGAGUCUCAAUUAAGUGUCGGUCCACAGAGUCUUGUCUUGGUGUCUCUUCACUCUGUUUUCAGCUACCCAAUGGCUAAAAAUCCAAGUAAUACAGGCGGAAAAAUGUUGGACACGAGGCCAUUGGUAGCGACAUUGCUCGCCUUCACUCUUGUCAUGCUCAUUUGGAAUCUCCAACCUUACUACGAUACCAUCCUUAAUCCGUCUAAACUCUCCAUUAAUAUUACCGACCCUAACAAACGAACCUUCCUUACCUACGGCAAUGCCGCCUCUCUCUUCGUCCAGAUGGGAGCGUAUCGCGGUGGUCCCACUACUUUCGCCGUCGUGGGUCUCGCUUCCAAGCCCCUUCACGUCUUUGGACGCCCCUGGUAUAAAUGCCAGUGGAUCCCCAAUACCAAUACCAACUCCUCUAAGGACCUCAAGGCCAAGGCCUAUAAGAUCCUCCCUGACUGGGGCUACGGACGUGUCUACACUGUGGUGGUUGUGAACUGCACAUUUGCUGUGAAUCCUAACCUUGAUAAUAAGGGAGGGAAGCUCAUUCUCUACGCUUACUAUAGUGAGUCACCCAAGAGAUACGAGAAAAUCACAGCAUUGGAGGAAGCACCAGGGUCUUACAACCAGACCAAGUUCAGCCCGCCAUAUCCCUACGAGUAUUUGUAUUGCGGUUCUUCCUUGUAUGGGAAUUUGAGUGCCUCUAGGAUGAGGGAGUGGAUGGCCUAUCACGCCUGGUUUUUCGGGCCCAGCUCCCAUUUCGUGUUUCACGACGCUGGCGGGGUGUCAUCUGAGGUAAGGGCGGUGCUGGAGCCGUGGGUACAGACUGGUAAGGUCACGCUUCAGGAUAUAAGGGACCAGUCCGAGUUCGAUGGCUACUAUUACAACCAGUUUUUGGUGGUGAAUGAUUGCCUCCAUCGCUACCGACACGCUGCCAAUUGGACCUUCUACUUUGAUGUGGACGAGUACAUCUAUCUUCCUGAUGCCAACACUACUCUCGAAUCUGUGUUAAGAGACUUCUCCAACAAUACUCAGUUCACCAUUGAGCAAAAUGCCAUGUCCAGCAUCCUCUGCUUGAACGAUUCCUCUCAAAACUAUUCCAGGCUGUGGGGCUUUGAGAAGUUGUUGUUCAGAGACUCGAGAAGUAACAUUAGGAGAGAUCGGAAGUACGCCAUACAGGCAAAAAAUGCAUAUGCAACAGGCGUACACAUGUCGGAAAAUGUAGUAGGAGGGACUUUGCACCAGACAGAAACCAAGAUCCGCUACUAUCACUAUCACAACUCCAUCACGGUACAUGAGGAGCUGUGUCGUGAGUUUUUACCCAUAUCCGCUAAGCAUAACAUAACCUGGUUCGAUAAGGUACCCUACGAAUACGAUGACAACAUGAAGAAACUCACCCAAACCAUCAAGGAUUUUGAGCGAAAUACUAUCAAUGCAGCUCCCGACCAUACCAACAACUCAUAGGAUCAGUGUACAGUAUUCUACCGAGAAUUUUAUUCACCAGUCACCACAGUGAAGAGAAGGAACUGGUGAACAAGUGUUUUAGUAGUAGUGUUCAUCUUUAAUUUAUAGUGUGCCCUACUCUUAAUUCUUGGCAGCAAAUUAAAGCAACACGUCCAACUCCUGCAGGGUCACCACACUUUACUUCUGCUGGCUCGAUUUGGUUAUUAAUAUCAAGUCAUUCAUUUGUAUCCACAAAUUGCCAAGUUAGGUUUAUUGGUUGAUUUGGGAAAAGAGAGAGAUGAGGGUCCCCACUCCCCACCAGGAUUUGUCUGUAAAUGGUAAUCGUUACAUUUUCUUUUAUGACUACAAUUCACUUCUUUCCUUUUCAUGUUCA